AUGCAACAGAAACAUUACACUACCAAGGGGCUGGCCUGGGAAAGCCAGGCUGUCCCUUCUGCCGAAUGGGACUGGAACCGCAGGACCUAUCUCAAGCCAGGCUGGCUGCUUUGCCCUGAGUUGGGCUGGAGUGCAGGUCCCCCUCUGCUCCCAGCAGGGGUCACAGCUGCUUACUGGGGCCAGGCAACCCAGAGAGAGCCUGGCCACAAUGGCUUUGGCCACUUCUGCCAGGCCCGGCUCAGGGGUCCUUUCAGCCAGAGCAGCAAGGAGUUCACGCACACGGGGAACUUCAAGCGCCACAUCCGCAUCCACACAGGCGAGAAGCCCUUCUCGUGUCGGGAGUGCAGCAAGGCCUUCUCUGACCCGGCCGCAUGCAAGGCCCACGAGAAGACGCAUAGCCCGCUGAAGCCAUAUGGCUGCGAGGAGUGUGGCAAGAGCUACCGGCUCAUCAGCCUGCUGAACUUGCACAAGAAGCGGCACUCGGGCGAGGCGCGCUACCGCUGCGAGGACUGUGGCAAGCUCUUCACCACCUCGGGCAACCUCAAGCGCCACCAGCUGGUGCACAGUGGGGAGAAGCCCUACCAGUGCGACUACUGCAGCCGCUCCUUCUCCGACCCCACCUCCAAGAUGCGCCACCUGGAGACCCAUGACACCGACAAGGAGCACAAGUGCCCCCACUGCGACAAGAAGUUCAACCAGGUGGGGAAUCUGAAGGCCCACCUGAAGAUCCACAUCGCGGACGGGCCCCUCAAGUGCCGGGAGUGCGGGAAGCAGUUCACCACCUCAGGGAACCUCAAGCGGCACCUGCGGAUCCACAGCGGGGAGAAGCCCUACGUGUGCAUCCACUGCCAGCGGCAGUUUGCCGACCCCGGCGCUCUGCAGCGGCACGUCCGCAUCCACACUGGCGAGAAGCCGUGCCAGUGCGUGAUGUGCGGCAAGGCCUUCACCCAGGCCAGCUCCCUCAUCGCCCACGUGCGCCAGCACACCGGGGAGAAGCCCUAUGUCUGCGAGCGCUGCGGCAAGAGAUUUGUCCAGUCCAGCCAGCUGGCAAAUCACAUUCGCCACCACGACAACAUCCGCCCACACAAGUGCAGCGUGUGCAGCAAGGCCUUUGUGAACGUGGGGGACCUGUCCAAGCACAUCAUCAUUCACACGGACGGUGGCAGCAGGAGAAUUCAGAAAGAUGAUGCAUCCAAGUGA